CUUGUUGACAGAGAUGACGCCGAUUGGAAAGAUGAAGUCCAACAAAAGUUCUUAGAAUGCAAAGAAGACACAUGCGGUGUUCUUGAAGAUGAAAUAGAAAACAGAAUAAAUGAGCUAUUAAAGGACAAAGAACUUUUACAGAAAUAUGGUUCUGAGAAAUUUGACAUAACUUCACCAGAGAAGAAGAAGAAAGAAAAGAAAGAGAAAAAAGUAGAAGAGAAGAAAGAACCUGAACCAGUUCCAGAGAAAAAGAAAUUUGACAUGUAA